AUGUACUAUCCCGUGAGUCCGAAACCUACACUGAGAGGGAAUUACGUCUCACAGCUGACCGCGAACGGCAUACAUUAUCUCGCGAGUUCGAAACCUACACUGAGAGAGAAUUACGUCUCACAGCUGACCGCGAACGGCAUACAUUAUCUCGCGAGUCCGAAACCUACACUGAGAGGGAAUUACGUCUCACAGCUGACCACGAACGGCAUACAUUAUCUCGGGAGUCCGAAACCUACACUGAGAGGGAAUUACGUCUCACAGCUGACCGCGAACGGCAUACAUUAUCUCGCGAGUCCGAAAGCUACACUGAGAGGGAAUUACGUCUCACAGCUGACCGCGAACGGCAUACAUUAUCUCGCGAGUCCGAAACCUACACUGAGAGGGAAUUACGUCUCACAGCUGACCGCGAACGGCAUACAUUAUCUCGCGAGUCCGAAACCUACACUGAGAGAGAAUUACGUCUCACAGCUGACCGCGAACGGCAUGUACUAUCCCGCGAGUCCGAAACCUACACUGAGAGGGAAUUACGUCUCACAGCUGACCGCGAACGGCAUGUACUUAUCCCGUGAGUCCGAAACCUACACUGAUAGGGAAUUACGUCUCACAGCUGACCGCGAACGGCAUACAUUAUCUCGCGAGUCCGAAACCUACAGUGAGAGGGCAUUACGUCUCACAGCUGACCCCGAACGGCAUACAUUAUCUCGCGAGUCCAAAACCUACACUGAGAGGGAAUUACGUCUCACAGCUGACCGCGAACGGCAUACAUUAUCUCGCGAGUCCGAAACCUACACUGAGAGGGAAUUACGUCUCACAGCUGGUCGCGAACGUCAUAUUUUAUCUCGUGAAUCUGAAACUUUUACUCAAUGUGUAGACCAUUUGACAAAUGAUAGGGUGCACCAUAAUAUUAUUCGAUCUCUUGAAGAUGAACAUGAGCAUGAACAACGACUAGAGUCGGGACGCGAAUAUUACAAUUCUUUGAGACAAGAACGAUUAAUAAGUUUGUCUAAUGAAAGUUUAAGAAUUUAA